CGGAGGUGAAGGCGGGGCUGCUCAGACGGGUGGGGAGCGGCAGACGAAGUCUCGCGAGAGCGGGCGACGGCUGCCGCCGCCGCGCUCCUCCCCCUGCCGGUCCCGGAGUGUGAGGCCUUCGCCGGGGCCGGGUUACCGCGCGUCGUGCCGGCCGGGCGGUGGUAGCGGCGGGGAGGCGCCGUUGGUAGCGGCGCGGCCGGGGUCCGGCCUCGGCCUAGAGGCGCUGGGCAAUAUGCCGGGCGGCCGGGUGUGCGCCGCCUGCGGCUGCUCAGAGAUCGAGGUGGACGCGGCGCGCGGGGAUGCUGUGUGCACGGGCUGCGGCUCGGUGCUGGAGGACAACAUCAUCGUCUCCGAGGUGCAGUUCGUGGAGAACAGCGGCGGCGGCUCCUCCGCCGUGGGACAGUUCGUGUCGCUGGACGGUGCAGGCAAAACACCAACUUUAGGAGGAGGAUUCCAUGCCAAUCUGGGGAAGGAGUCACGAGCACAAACUCUACAGAAUGGGAAACGUCAAAUUCACCACUUGGGAAACCAGCUUCAACUCAAUCAACAUUGUCUGGAUACAGCUUUUAAUUUUUUCAAGAUGGCUGUGAGCAAACACCUAACCCGGGGGAGGAAGAUGACCCAUGUAAUUGCUGCAUGUCUCUACCUGGUGUGUAGGACAGAAGGAACUCCUCGUAUCCUUUCACAUUUAAAAAAUAAAAAUAAAUUUAAUAAAGAUAUACUUUCAGCAAGUCGACUCUCCCAGUUAAACCUGGUUUCAGAAUUUGAAAAGGUGAAUGUCUAUGUGCUGGGCAAAACUUUCCUUCUGUUGGCCAGAGAACUCUGCAUAAACGCUCCAGCUAUAGAUCCAUGUUUAUAUAUUCCUCGUUUUGCACACAUGCUUGAGUUUGGAGAUAAGAACCAUGAGGUGUCCAUGACGGCUCUCAGGCUGUUGCAGAGAAUGAAGAGGGACUGGAUGCACACUGGCCGCCGGCCCUCCGGGCUCUGCGGAGCAGCUCUGCUAGUGGCAGCAAGGAUGCAUGAUUUCCGACGUACUGUUAAAGAGGUCAUCAGGGUGGUCAAGGUUUGUGAGUCUACAUUAAGAAAAAGGUUGACAGAGUUUGAAGAUACACCAACAAGUCAGUUAACCAUAGAUGAGUUUAUGAAGAUUGACUUGGAAGGAGAAUGUGAUCCUCCUUCAUUUACAGCUGGUCAAAAAAAACUGAAGAUACAGCAGCUUGAGAAGGCACUAUCAAAAAAGCUGGAGGAUUUUGAAGGUGAAAUAUCAAGCUAUCAAGAUGAAAUAGAGAUUGAAUUAGAAAGCAGUAGACCAAAAGCAAAAGGUGUAUUUGCAAAUUACACUAGAGAUGAUUCUAUAGAAGAUAAUACCUCUAGUACUCUUGCAGAGGAGGAGGCUGAAGAUGAGGAACUAGAAGCAGCUGCUAAUCACUUAAACAAGGACUUCUAUAAUGAACUUCAUGAGAAUGAUAGAGUAAGAAAAAAUGAAGAUGAGAAAUGCACAAAUGGAAAUGAAAUUCUUGUAAGACCACCUGCACUGGAAUCCUUGCUUGGCCCACUCCCCACUGCAGCUAGUCUUGGCAUAACAGAGUCUAUAAAAGAGUGCAUAUCCACUAAGGACCGAGAACCUGGUGAGAAUACAGGAGAUGGUGAAUUAGAUCUGAGCGGGAUCGACGACAAUGAAAUAGAUCGGUAUAUACUUAACGAAACAGAAGCUCAGAUAAAAGCAGAGCUAUGGAUGAAAGAAAAUGCAGAUUAUUUGAAGGAACAAAAAGAAAAGGAAGCAAGAAUAGCAAAAGAAAAAGAACUUGGGAUUUAUAAGGAACACAAGCCAAAGAAAUCUGCAAAGAAGCGGGAGCCAAUUCAAGCCAGCACAGCAGGAGAGGCAAUUGAAAAGAUGUUAGAACAGAAGAAAAUCUCAAGUAAAAUUAAUUAUAAUGUGCUAAGGGACCUGAACAGCAAAGGAAGUAACGCACCAAAGAAGGAGGAUGACAGCACUGAUGACAGCACCAACACCAAGAAGCUGUCAAGAAGAAAAUCUAUUGCCAGUAGGAAUAUAGCCAACCCUGUAAACAGUGUGGGAAAAAGAUUAAGACCCUUGAUUUCAACACAGCUCGCUAAAAAGGCUGCCACUGAAGAGGUGACUUUUCCAAGUGCACAAGCAGAAGCCCCUGGCUUAGAAAAAGCAGCAGCUGUGCUAGUGGAGAGUGGCCCAGUAGCUUACAACCCUGAUGAAGAGGUGGAAGAGGAAGAAAUAGAAGAUGAUGAUGAUCACUGCAUGAGUGCCUUGCAGUUAAUGGGAGGAAAUGAUUAUGGCUGUGAUGUGGAUGAUGAUGAUGGCUAUUAGUUCCAUUUACUUCCAAAGGACAUGGACUAUGUCUUGUUCCCAGCAAAUCUUCAGUCUUCAAACUGUAUGAGUUUAAUUAGGUUUCUCUAUAUGAAAGAAGCUUUCUAUGGUCAGCAAAUGUAAUCGAACAAUCCUUACUUUUGUAAGUGAAUUUUAGGUUGCCAUUGACUCUGGUCAGUUUACCUUGACCUGUAACCCAGCAACAGUGUUUGGGUUUGUACUUGAAUUUUUCUUUAUGUGGUGGAUCAUAGUUUCAGAAUGAAGGGAUUAAUGUUUCCAGAGAACAAAAGAAAAAAGCCAAAACAGACUGCGUAUAAAGCAUGUGUGGCUGAAAGCAACACAUCUCUUAUUUAUGUGACUGUGCUUUUAGGCAUGCUGUUGAAGGGGAGCAGAUUGAAGGACAGAUAGGACGGGUAAAAAGGAGAAGUGUGCCUGUUGAUUAUUUCAGUACAGUAGCAUUAGUUGUUUCAUAAUGCUGCAACUGAAAGAAAGAAAACAUUUCCAGCGUGUAUUGUGAACAUGACCCUGUUAUUGUAUACAAGCUUCCUUACCCAAGUCUAUCAGAAAGUAAUGACAGGUUAUAUGUUUGCGAUGCAGUAUUGUUUCUUUGAAAUUAAGUAAAUACUUCUUUGUACUAAUCAAGUAAUAGAUUUCUUAAAAGGACGACAAUAGGAGACAAUGUUGGCAGUGAAGAAUCAUUUUCCACUGUCCCAUGUGGGAGGAGGGAGAAGACCUGCGUGAGGCAAGAAGUGUAGAGGGCAGGCAGGCAACAAUGCUAUGCUCACAUGCCUUUGCUGGGCAUUCCUAGCAACAGCCAGGUCUUCUUGUGGCUGGUAUUGCUGCAGGACAGUCACUCUGACCAUCUCUAUGUAGCUAUUCUUGUCCAACUGAGUUGGAAUGGCGGUCUGCUCCCCGGAGCUGCCUGUCUCUAAAACUGGCUGAAGGAAAGAGAAAGCUGAUCUUUUUAAUAAAUAAGCUAGCAUCUGCUUUGGCCCAAUUUAAUUUAAUUAAUUUAUUUCACUUUCUCUGGGUAAAUUAAAGGUCACCAUGCAGCAAUCUGACUUUCAUGGCUCAAAUCCCACCCUGGAACAGUCGCUGCUACUUGAGUAAUGCAGUAAUGGAGCAGUAAUGCUCCAGCCCUGUGCUCCCCAAAAUGGCAACAGGCAGGUCCUUCUCUUUCAGAUCCAUCAGCUCUCCCAGUGCAGUUAGACUGGGGAUCAGGGACGGAGCCCUUAUUGUCAGAUCCCACCCUGUUGUCUCUGACUUGCCCUUUCCUGGCACUGCUCGGUCCGAGGCUCUUGGCUCAGUGGGGGUUGCACUGCACUCUGGAUCACAGUAUUGAUGACUGCAGCUGCGGUACCCAAAAUGUUUUCAUCUCUUUCCCUUGUCUAGUGACAGUCAUAAAAAACUUUAGCACUGCAGGCUGGUCUUACACCAGGUAAAGAUGGAUAUUUGUCUUACCAAUGUGGUUUCUCUUAAGCUGUCUCUCCUGGUCAAGUCGUCUUUCCUACCCUUUUUGAGGAGUGUUCAUCACUAAAGCACCAUCCAUCCUCAUGCUGCAGAGGGUGAAUCAUGGGAGGAAGAGAAGCUGCCUUAGGAAGAAGCUCUGUAGCUAUUAUCAGCCAGAGUGAUGAUGCUGCUCAUACCUGUGGUCAUCAGCAAAGAGGGGGGAAGGGCCAAAAGGCCUUCCAUACUUCUCCAUCUCAGUAGCAUGCAUAAGAGGGAUCAUGUAGAUCAUGUAAGUAGAGCGAGUGCUCUUUUUAGGAGCGGACUUGAUAUUAUUUGCCUGGUAAAUGUAGUUUUUUGGGUAGGUUGUAUCUGAUAGGUAUUUUUGAGCCCUGUAUAGGAGUAUUUCCAGAAUAACUUCUUAAAAGCAGAAUUCAGUAACGCAAAUGAUGUAAUGAAGCUAAUGGGAAGAAGAGCUUUUCCGAACCAGAUGCCAGUUGCUUAGUUUGCAGCACUUCAGUGGAAAGAAGAUAUUCCAUAUAACUCUUAGAGGAAAAGCUGGUAUUUUCCCAAAAGCCUAUAGAUUUUUUUCUGAUACUUUAUAAAUACUGCACAAAAAAUAAUAUUGAGGGUAUAAACCUUUCUACCUCUCUUUUAUCUACACCACAAAUUAAAAAUCAUGCUAUAAGCAGAUUUUUAAAAGUAGUUUGUUUUAUCAAAGUUUGUGCUCUGCAAGUCUUCGGAACAGUUGACUUUGAGCAUUUGGGUUUGGAUUAUUCUGCCAAUAGCAUUACAACAAAUACCCAUAGUCUCAGUAUAUUCUCAAAGCUGGGUUUUAUUCCAAGGUACACAUUAUUCUCUAUGCAGGAAAUAAACAUGCAUAAAUAAACAUGUG